AUGGCACCUGUAUACACCAACACCAACGGCUGCCCCGUGCCCGACCCCAUGGCGUCCCAGAGAAUCGGCAAGCACGGCCCCUUGUUGUUGCAGGACUUCAACUUCAUCGACUCCAUUGCCCACUUCGACAGGGAGAGAAUCCCCGAGCGUGUCGUGCACGCCAAGGGCUCCGGCGCCUACGGUGUGUUCGAGGUGACGGACGACAUUUCCGACAUCUGCUCGUCCAAGUUCUUGGACACCGUCGGCAAGAAGACCAAGGUGGUGACGCGUUUCUCCACCGUGGGCGGCGAGUCUGGCUCCGCCGACACCGCCAGAGACCCCCGUGGCUUCUCCGUCAAGUUCUACACGGAGGAGGGCAACUUGGACUUUGUGUACAACAACACGCCGGUGUUCUUCCUCCGCGACCCCACCAAGUUCCCCCACUUCAUCCACACGCAGAAGAGACACCCCCAGACCCACUUGAAGGACGCCAACAUGUUCUGGGACUACUUGUGCAGCAACGAGGAGUCCGCGCACCAGGUGAUGAUCUUGUUCUCGGACCGCGGCACGCCCCGCUCGUACCGCGAGAUGCACGGCUACUCGGGCCACACCUACAAGUGGUCCACCAAGAACGGCGACUGGCACUACGUGCAGGUGCACUUGAAGAGUGACCAGGGCUUCAAGACGCUCACCAACGAGGAGGCCGGCGCUUUGGCCGGCUCCAACCCGGACUACGCGCAGGAGGACUUGUUCAAGGAGAUCGCCAAGGGCAAUCACCCCUCGUGGACCUGCUACAUUCAGACCAUGACGGCCGAGCAGGCCAAGCACGUGGACUUCUCCGUCUUCGACUUGACCAAGGUCUGGCCCCAGAAGGACUUCCCCUUGCGCCGCUUCGGCAAGAUCACUUUGAACGAGAACCCUAAGAACUACUUUGCCGAGGUGGAGCAGGUGGCCUUCUCGCCAUCGCACUCCGUGCCCUACAUGGAGCCCUCGGCCGACCCCGUCUUGCAGUCCCGUUUGUUCUCCUACCCGGACACGCACAGACACAGAUUGGGCACCAACUAUCAGCAGAUCCCAGUCAACUGCCCCGUGACUGGGGCCUUCCACCCACACAUCAGAGACGGCGCCAUGCUGGUCAACGGCAACAUGGGCAGCACGCCCAACUACUACUCUGCCGCCAACAACUUUGCCACGGAAAGAUUCAGUCUUCAAGAAGACCAGGAGGUCUGGGAGGGCGCCGCCUGUCCUUUCCACUGGAAGGCCACGGACGCCGAAUUCAAGCAAGCCACUGACUUGUGGCACGUUUUGGCCAGAACCCCAGGCCAGCAGGAGAACUUGGCCCACAAUGUUGUCGCCCAUGCCUCGGCGGCCGAUGUGCCUAUCCAAGACAGAGUCGUGGCCUACUUCACCAAGGUGCACCCUGACUUGGGACAAGCCAUCAAGAAGGGUCUUGAGGAGUCGCGCAAGUGA